UUGUUGUUAGUUUCUGACAGAAACAUUAGGCGCGUAAAAGCCGCGAAGAGUUGGAAGAUCCGCCCAAGAACAACCUUAAGCUGCCAGCCUGCACUUUGUCUCUCAAAGAAGACAGAGAGAGAAAAACACACACUUUUUUGAAGAGAGAGAGAGAGAAAGAGAAAAACAACAACAAACAAGAAAAUUUGUAAACUUUGAGGUUUUUUUUUUUAUUAUUACAAACAUGGAGAUUCUCGUCCUUCUUUGAUCCUUAAUUCCUACAAAUUUUCCUGUUUGGAUUUGGUGUGUCACAGCUUCUUUCUUAAUUGCUGUGAUCCCAAAAAACAAACUUUCUCUUUCUCUCUCUUUCUUUCUUUCUCUCUUUCUUUUUCUAUCAUCUGCAUUGAAGGAGGAUAUAAUAACAAUAAUUCUAGGAACCCCAGAAGAAAAUUUGUGAUUUUGAAGACGAUUUUGAUUCUGGGUCAGAGAGAUUGAUUGGAUUUGGGUUUUAUGGGUUUUGUGAAAGUUAGAGGCCAAUUUUGGUGACACACACACGUGUGGUGGUGUUACCAUGAUUGGGAAUAGAUAUCCGCAAUCUACUGGAUCUUCUCCUUAUGGAGGUGGGACCCACAAUAUGAAACCAAGGAGACUCUAUCAAGUUUGGAGAGGAGGCAAUAAGUUUCUCUGUGGUGGGAGACUGGUUUUUGGUCCUGAUGUAGCUUCCUUGUUUCUUACGACGUUCCUAAUUGCUGCACCUGCAUUUACAUUUUGUGUUAAGAUGUAUCUUAAAUUCAAGAAUGAGAAGGCCACUGGUCAUUCUUUUUGGUGGCCUGUAAUGGUCGGGGGUCUAGUUCUCACUUUUCUGGAUUUCUUAUUCCUCCUAUUGACUUCUGGGAGAGAUCCUGGAAUUAUCCCUAGAAAUUCGACACCGCCUGAAUAUGAAGAUGCAUUUAAUAUACCUACUCCUUCGAUGGAGUGGAUUAAUGGUUCAACCCCUCAUCUGAAACUACCUCGAACUAAAGAUGUAAUGGUUAAUGGUCACACAGUGAAAGUGAAAUUCUGUGAUACAUGCUUGCUUUAUCGACCCCCUCGUACUUCUCAUUGUUCUAUAUGUGACAAUUGUAUCCAGAGAUUUGAUCAUCACUGCCCUUGGGUUGGCCAGUGCAUUGGAAGACGAAACUAUCGGCACUUCUUCAUGUUUAUUUCAACAUCAACCAUUUUGUGCUUAUAUGUCUUUGUGUUCUCUUGGAUCAAUCUUUCCGAGAGUGGUGUUUUGGAAGCACUCUCACAUGAUUAUGUAUCAGAUCUUCUCAUUAUAUACUGCUUCAUUGCUGUCUGGUUUGUUGGUGGCCUCACCGCUUUCCAUUUCUAUCUCGUUUGUACAAACCAGACAACUUACGAGAACUUCCGGUACCAAUAUGAUAAAAAGGGGAAUCCAUACAAUAAGGGAUCACUAAAGAAUAUCAGAGAAACACUUUGUUCCAGUAUUCCCCCGUCAAGGAAUAAUUUCCGAUCAUUUGUACAGCUAGAUGACCAUAUGACAGUUGGGUCAAUGACUCCGAAUAAUGUACAUGGAAUUUUGACUCCAAAGGAGAAAAUUGACGUUGAAAUGGGAUCUAGGGGCACAGACGACCGUGGUUAUCCAAUUCCCGAGCUUCUACGAAAUUUUGAUUUUAAUAGUUUUGAGGAUGACAUGAAGUUUGAAGAUAUGGAGGGACAAACUUCAUUUGAUCCAUACUAUAGUAUUGAUGAAGACAUAAAAGACUCGUCCCGAACAUCUGUUGCUACAGUUUUAAAUUUCCCUAACAUCACAAUUGAAGAAGCAACGGAAGAGUCUGUUCAUAGCUACCAUGCUCAUUUCGAAGUCAGAGAACCUUCCGAAAGGCACAUCACUAUUGAGGAAGUCAGAGAACCUUCUGAUGACAGAAAUGACUCACGUUAAGCCAUAAUGCCAACUUUUUUCUCUUUAAUGCAGAGGUUUGUUGCAGGUCCUCGUUGUGAUUAUUUGUUUACAUUGAAGUAACUAUGGAGGACUAUGACCUUGCACUUCCUCUCUCAUUUUGGUAUAAAAAUUUGGCAAGUGUUUGUUAUAUGUUGUAAACUUCACUUGCAUUCAAAAUAAGGCAGAAAAGAUUGUCUGGCUAAAUUUUAUGAUAGCUACUGUGCUAUAUGUGCCUAUCUCUUCCACACAUUCUCUUGUUAAACCUAGAUUUAUUGAUUUUUUCCCCCUUAAAUUUGCUAGUAUAUACUUAGAACUUCUGUAAGUAGUAUACAUUGAUUUAUCUUUCUGUGAUUCAAUUUA